GUGAUCGUUCGUUUUGCGUUCGCGUAUCAACUUUGUUCGUGGUUAUACCGUUUCUAAAGGCCGAUACUUCUCCAGUGUACGAGCGUGCGCGCUCCUAUCGUGACGUGUUUCAUUAACUGCUGCUACUAUUAUUGUACGGUGACAAACGAUUAAUCCUUGAGAAUUGACAGCCGGAUCAAAAAUAGACCUCAACAUGGAUAACAAGAAUUCACAAGACGUACAAAAGAAAGUGGAGCAACUAAGGGAUUGGAUAAACCAACAGCCACAUUUGCCCAAGGAUUUAGAGGACAGGAUCUUAGUAAGGUUUCUUCACAGCUGCUACUAUGACGUGGAGAAGACGAAGCAAACCAUUGAGCUGUUCUUCAAGAUCAGAGACAAUUCACCAGAGCUCGUCAACUACAGGGAUCCACUGUCACCUGCCAUGCAAAAGGUUUUAAAAAUCGUAAAAUUAGCACAAUACCAGAUCUCAGGCAACCGGAACAUCUGGUUCUGGCAACUGAACGACCCUGGUCUAGAGCAGUAUGACUACCUUCAGGACGCUCGAAUGUUCUUCAUGACCUGUGACGCCUGGAUGUUGGCGAAUGAUGUGUUAGCUGAUGCUGACAUUGUGGUGAUGGAUGCUAAGGAUAUCACGCUCAAGUUUAUUACGAAGUUCAAUGUUUCUGUGGCGAGGAAGCUCUCUAAAUAUCAGGAGGAUGCCAUGCCGAUCCGACUAAAGGAGGUUCACGUCAUCAAUGCACCGCCUUUCGUGGACAAACUCUUUGGCCUCAUGAAACCGUUCCUCAAGCAAGAGAUCACCGAUAUGAUUCACUUCCACGUGCCGAAAUCAGAGACUCUGUACAACUACAUCAACAAAGAGGAUUUGCCGCAAGACUACGGUGGCUCCCAAGCCACUAUGGAUGAAAUGAACAAACGGGUCAUAGAUAUCGUUAUGGAACAAAGGCCAGUAUUUUUGGACGAAAACUUCUGGAAAACAGAAAAGAAGGGAAAGAAACCCAAAGAAGCCACCUUCAGGUCUCUUGACAUAGACUAAAUGUACAGACAUGACAAUAUUAUAAUGUUCAAAACUAGACAUGCAUUGUAUGUGAUAAGAUUUUAAUUUUUAAACUAUUUUGGUGAUAUUUUCUGGCGUUGCCAACGUUCACUAAUUUCGAUUAUGUACCUAUGCAAUAUUUUUUUUCUUGUUCCAUGUUUUUAUAUGACCAGCAAUGGUGGUACAAAAUAUCUACCCCAACCACCUGAAAGAAACUUCACCAUAGGUAUUUUAAAAGGUGUAAUUAGCGAUCCAUCAAUCUACCUACUGGGAAUUACAAUUACCGAUCCAUCCUUUGUUUUGGUAUUGGAGAUAGAAUAAUAAGCUUCAUAUUUUUGUUUUUCAAUCUAUAAUUAAAAAUCCGCAGUUAGUAAGCGUUGGCAUAAGCUAGUGAUAGUUUCAUGUUUUUAAGAUAAGUUUUGUAUAUUUUUGUUGAACAAUAUAAGGUUUUGUACGACGGGUACAGUUAGCGUCAAAAUAAAGUGACCACUUUUAUUUUGUGCUGAUUUAGGGUAAAAAAAAUUAAGAUUUUUUUUUGCACAAUAUUUUUUUUUAUGUAAGUAUAUAUAAAGCUGGCUGUGUUAUUUCCGUGCCUUAUUGUCGUUUUUUUUUGUGUAAUGUGAGCAGCUGGACAAUAUAAUCUGUUGAGAAUUGGUCAUUCUAGGUACGCCAUUUAUUUCCUUACGGAUGGUAAGUUUGAUUCAUGUUUUGCUUUUGUCCAUAAACAUAUUAUAAGGCAAAAUAAAUGUAUUUUUUUGGAAAUUGGGCAUUUUGUUUCAAUGGUUUAAUGUUAUAUACAAUUAACAGACUGCCUCGCAAAUCGCCAGAAUCUUGCAAAUUAAUUAUUGAAUAAAACGUGGGUGUUUUUACUUUAUAUUCUUGUAAGAUUGUUAAUAAGGUUGGUUGGAAAAAUAGCCAGAAUCAACAUGACUUAUAUAAUAUUGUAGAUUAUUGUAUUCGGUGUCAAAUAAAUAAGCGUAUUUUGUAGUGUUUACCAAUCAAAUUACGUUUGAUAUGAUAAUGUAAUAUUACAUACCUGUAGGUGAGGUCUUAGCAUGGAAAGGAAAUAUACGCUGCUUUGCGUAUAUUCAAAGUUCGUGUGGAAUUGAAAACAAUUUUAUUUUUAAUACAGGGCCAGUCCAUGUGUACCUAUUUCUAAAAGAUCAAAGAAUUACAAGAGAUUUUUAUCAAAGGUUCAUGUCAUUAUACAUUAAUUUUAGUAAAAUAUAAAGAUACUAAUUACUUAGUAGGUGUUAUGUAUUAGUAAUAUUUUUAUAAAGAGUUGAUGUUCAAACUUGUUGAGAAUUGAUUUCUUAUGAAUAUUAUAAUGUUAAAACUAUGUUAAAAACAUUCCAUAUGUGAAGUGGGUGAAGGAAUAUUUUGUACAAAUAAAUAUUUUUGUUUAUAAAA